UACUUAGGAGGUUUUAUAAGCGUAAACAACAAGUUCUGUCACGAAAAACCAAAAUAUUUUGCACGAUUUCUUUAACAACUUGGUAUCUUUUUUUUAAAUUAGAAUGUUUUAAAUAUUCUUAAAACAUAAUUUCAAGAUCUAUCUUAAACAUACAGAGGCUUUUGGUGAAAUAAUGCAUUCCAUUAGUUGCUAAGAACGCAAAGUAUUAGAUUAUAUUUAUCUACAGACUACAAGUUUGCGGUAAAAAUCAGGGCAGAUUCCCCAAUGGACAAGCGUAAGAAGAAAGACAGAUUGCUGGUACCAGGAGAUGACGACAUGGAUGGAGUCAGUAAUCCAGUCAUGGAGGAAGAAGCGAUGGGGCCCAGUGGAGGAGAAUCAUCAGCUGAGACUGAAGCCAUGGAAGCAGAUGCGCUUGUAAAAGACCUGAAAACAAAACAUAGAAGAAAACAAAAAGAGCUAUCAAAGGUGAUAUCUCCUAAAGAUGAUUUAGCUACAGAAAUGAAGACCAUCAAAAAGAAGAGCAGAGAGAAAAUUGAGGAAGCUGAAAGACAGGAGGAAGAAGAGGCUACAAUGGAGGUAGCUGAUGAUGGUACUGUACCUAUGCCUCCUGAUACUUUAGAUGGACAAGGUACAGAAACAGUUGUUACAUUUAGAGAGGAACCAGAAGAAGCAGAACCAGAAGAAGUAGAAGAAGAUCCAGUUAAACGUUUGAAAAAGAAGAAAAUUGAAGAAGAAGUUCAAGCUUUCCCUACAGAAGAGGCUCCUGAGGAGCCUCCUGCUGAAGAACCUGAACCUGAGCCACCAGCUCCUGCUGAGGAGACUAAAACUCCAAGAGGAAGGUCACUGAAAGAUAAAUUGAAGAGUAGAUUGGCAAAAGCAAAGGAAGAAGCAGAAGAAGAACAACAGCAACAAGAAGAGAAAGAGAGAACAGAGAGAAGGUUGAAAAGACAAAAAGACCAGAAAGACAGAUUUCAGGAGAUGGAUGAGACUGAAAUAAGGAAAUUUGAAGAAAAAAGAGAGAAAAUGAAAGAAAGAUGGAAGAAGAAGUUGAUCCCAGAAAGAGAAAAGAGAAAAGCUGAAUUGAAAGACAAGGGUGUUUUUAUGCCAUCUAACGAAGAAGCAUUUGAUUUCUUUGCUCGGGACUUUGAACCAGAACCUGAAACUGUUAAAGAAAAGGCAGAAGAAGAAUCAAAAGAAAAGGAGGAGAAAAAGAAAGAAAAGAAGGAAGGAGAGGAAGAAGAAGAAGAAGGAGAGGAGAAAAAAGAAGAGGAGGAAGAGGAAACAGCUGCCAAAAAGAAAGAAGACGUUCCAGAGGAUGAGCAGCCUCUGUUAGAUGAUAUAGAUGAGGAGGGAGUAGGCAUGGUAGCUGUCAGGAGAGCAGAUUAUGAUGAUACCCCAGAGACAGAAAAGAAGAGAGAAGAAAUGUUAUUUAUACCUUCUGUCUUUUCUACACCAGCCGAACAGAAAGUAGGAGAACAACAGCAGCCUAGGUUUUUAGAAGAUGAAGGUUUUUAUGUGGGAACCAGACCUGAUCUUGGUGGAUGGAAUCUCAACAUAAUGGAAAACAGAUUACUUAAACACGGAGAUAAGGAAUGGUUUGGUGAAGAUGGGAGAAUGUUGGCAUUACCUAAUCCACUACGGCCCAAACCAUCUAGGCCACAGGUUCCUGAAGAGCCUGAACCAUUUCUAGAGACAGUGUAUCGUAAGGCUGUGGUUAGAGAGUAUGAUAAUCGGUACAUUGAUGGAUCUAUGGAUAAUGCUGGAUUUUAUCAGUUAGAUGUUGACAUGAAUUCCAUUAGUUUUUCUCACCAUCAUUUGUUCAGCAGAGAACAUGUAUUAGCAGAGAGAUUAACAACAUUGUAUGGACAAUAUCUUGCCAGAAAAAAUAGAAAUAUGACAGAGUUUCUUACAGAAAAGUUGAAAGCCUUGAAGAGUUCAGCAUUACAUUUGAGAGAACACAUGGUAGUUCACAAGUCAGAACACAGUUAUUCCGACAGAUCCAAUUAUGAAAGAAGGUUACAAGACUACAAAUAUGAAAUCAGGAAAACCAGAGCAUUAAGAGACAAAGAAGAAUAUUCUGACAGACAAUUGCUGAAGAAUAUUAUACACACAUGGAAAGAUCUGAAAGCCCAGAGAGACACACAAAAUUAUAAUAAUACACCAGCUAGACUUCAGAUACAUAAGGAAGAAGUGGAUAAAAUUCAUGACCAAGCUCAGUGGAAACUUGAAAUAGAAGAGGAGCUGGAAGAAAUGAAAGAAGAACAUGAUGAGGAAUAUGAGCAUAAGAGAGCAUCUUAUGAACAGCAGAUGAAAGAAAUGAAGAAACAGAGAGAAGCUAAGGAGGAAGCUAGGAAAAGACAGAAGAGAAAAGGAAGUAAAGCUUCACAGAAAUCACAGAAAUCUAAACUUAGUGCUGAACAAGAACAGGAUUUGGCUGAUGAUGAUAAAAAGGUUUUAGAAGAGGAAGAUUUACCAGAACCAGAUCCACCCGUUGAAUUUGAUGCUGAAGCUGUGAAAGCUAAAAUUAAAGAAAAAGUUAUGACGAGUAGAAGGCGACCAGGUGAACCAAAGUUAUACCCAGAGUUGACACAAACAUCCAGCAUUACUCCCACCAACCAGUGUCCAAGGGGAGAACAACAAAGAAGAGAGGAUAUAUCCAAGUGUAAAAUAUACAUCAAAGUCAUGUUCAAUAAUAAAGAAGUCUCAAGGACACCUUCAAAAAUAUUAUCUCAGGAUUUCAAAGUAAACUUUGGACAGAUAUAUAACUUAAAGAUUGUUCAGUGGCCUGAAAGUAUCAAAUUUCAGAUCCAUGAGACCCUUGGUUUUGGAAGUGAGAUGUUAGCAGAGUUGUGUGUUGGUAUCCCUGAGGUAUCAGUUACCUCACAGAGUGUUCAGUUGGAAAACAUGGAGUUCAGUAGUGACCACAGGGUACAUCACUCACAUGAAGGGGUCGGAAGUGGUUUACCUUUCACUUUUAACAAGACUGGAGAUAUGAUGACACUGAUGACAACAGGAGAGAUCAGUACUAGUGUGGCAUGGGCUGUAGACGAGAAUGGCAUUCCAUUGGUACCUCCUGUAACAGGCACUGCUCUCAAUGUAGUAGAUGCCAUGAAAAAGAUGGAUCCCAUGGCAGCUAUAGGAGCUACAGGAGUUGUAGAUUUUCAAAAAUUAUCAAAGUGGUUUGAGGAGUCGAGACUGGAUCCUAAUGACCCAGCUAAUGCUGAUCUUGUCUAUAUGUUAAAGCCUAAAGGUGGAGAAAUACAACUAAACCCACCAGAUUACUUCAGACUAGAACAGCUUCAGGAAGAAUUUAAUUUUUGUGAUGAUACAGACAUUGCUAAUAAUAAAAGAUUUCAAUUACUAGAGUUGAGAGAUGGUGAAGUGGCAGAGUUCAAAAACUAUAAACUGGUUCCAGUUGUUGAGAAAGAAAUCCCUAGAGAUACAUUUACAGAGUAUGAAAAAAAGAAAAGGGAGGAAGAAAAAAUUAAGCAAACUGAAGAUAUUGAGGAACAAAGAGCUGCUAUAUCAAGAUUCUUACAAAAGACAAGAGAGCAAGUUAUGAGGAAAUUUAGACAGUUAUCCCAUAAGAAACAUCUGGGUGAUGUUGUGUUAGAAGAAGAGGUUCCUAACAUAGCAAUGAUAGGUGCUAAUUUAGUGAAGGUUACUGAAAGAAGACGUCCAUUAAGACCAGAACGAAAAGAAAGAAAAAAAGUAACAGCUCAAGCAAUAAAAGACAAUGAUCUUAAAAUAUUGGUUAGCAUAACCAGAGCUUUGUAUGUUCCAACUCGAGCAACUUCUUCAGGACAUGGUGGUAUGACAUCAAGAGAAGAAAUCAAAACACAUAAAACUAUUAUAGGGGAGACACGGGUACAGCCAUUUGUAGAAGUGAUGUUUCAACACAAUACAGUGAGAACAAGCACUGGGGAUGGUCCUAAUCCUAGCUAUAAUGAAGAAUUAACAUUACCAUUCAGAGCUCCAAAUGGAGAUUACAGUCCGUCCAGUUUACAGACAGUAGAUGAUAAUGUUUAUCUAAAUUUAUUUGAUGAAGUGCUCGUUGAUAUAGAUAAGGAUGAUAGGCAAUCACAAACAGUACACCAAAGAAUAGAAAGGAAAUGGUUAGGUCGAAUGUGUGUCCCAUUCUCUACUAUAUAUUACAAUGGAAAAAUUGAGGGUACUUUCCAAAUAAAAGCCCCUCCAAUUUUAUUAGGCUACAGUGGUGAGGAAGCAGAGGAGGGGGAUAUCAGCACAUCGAAGGAUGGUAAAACUUACAUGAGUUUAUUUAUAACCAUGGAACCACCUGUAUCACCACCAGAACCUAUGAGAGAAAAGUUUGUAACGAAUGAAAGUGAAAAACUAUUACAAUAUGCUGAAACCUGGCAGAAUGAAUUAAAUGGUAGAUUCCCUAAACGUGAAUUUAAAUCAACAGUGGUAGAUGUAAAUGGCAAAAGUGUGUUUGUUACCAGAUAUUUCAAGUCCCUGAAACCUCCAGAGGAAUUAUCUCGAGGAAGUACUGUAGAGACAGCUAAAUUACUUGCCAGAUAUGUAUCAUUAAUUCCUCAUGUAUCAGAUGCUGUUGUUUUUCCUGGACUGUGUGAUAUCUGGAGUACCUGUGAUCAAUUUCUACGCAUGAAUGUUGGUGAUGAAGAAGAACAUGCUGUAUUAUUGACUAAUUUCUUCCUUGGUAUUGGUUUAAAAGCAUGGAUUAUAAUAGGAACUGGUAUCCCAGAAGGUCCUACUGCAUAUGUAUUGACUGAGGAUAGUACCAGUGGUUUUCUGAUAUGGAAUGCCAAUACUGGAGAAUAUUACAGAGUCCAUGACAACUAUUGUCCUCUAAUUUCUAUAGGCUGUAUAAUAAACGAUGAAAAUAUUUUUGCUAAUGUACAACAGUAUGAGAAACCAGCACAGAUGAACUUUGAAUUUAGUAAUACAUCACACUGGACACCAUUCUAUAGCAGAAGAUUUCCAAACCAGCACCUGGGUUCUAUACAGCCUGAGAGUCUUUAUUACUUUACUGCAAAGAAAAAUGUAGUAGAAUUACAAGAAAAGUUAGAACAGCAUUUAAAGAAUAAAAUAAUGGAAUGGAGAAGUCGAUAUAUCACACGAUGGAACAGACAUUGCACACAGAUAAUGAGAAAAGUUCUACCUAUUUUGGAGGAAAACUUAGGAAAGUCACCUGGUGCCUCACAUCUACAGGAUUUAGAGCAGCAGUUUAGUUCAUAUAAGGUGUCAGGAUUCCCAUUAAACAUGCCAUUUACAGAAAUAUCCUCCAUUACAGAAGAAGUAUUUUCUACCGGAGUACAUGCCCAGGAGUCUAGUGAUGUAGAAUUUGCCCUGGCUGUGUACAUGCAUCCUUACCCAAACAAUGUGCUAUCUGUGUGGGUGUAUGUGGCUUCACUCAUUAGAAUGAGAUAGCUAAUUUUAGUACCUAUAGUGCUGUCAAUUACAUUGUUAUUAGUUAUAGUAUCCGUCCAUUCUAGAUCAAAGUAAAUUCUACAUUCUCAGAAAUUAAAUUAUGCAUCUGUAAUUUUAAAUGAACAAGUGAAAUUAUGUAUUUUAUUGAUUAUAUAAGCUUGAACAAGGACACUGGAUUUAGACAUGGCAUCUAUCUGUUAAGUCUUAAAAGUCUUAUAUUUUUCAUUUGCUAGUCGUAACUAUUUAAAUUCAUUAUUGGGUCUUUAUAGAACUGUCAUGGAUUCUUCAAAUCAGUAUCUAAUGAUCUAUAAGCCUUAUACUGUAUAGUAUUUGUUUUAUAACUAUAGUCAUUCCAAUAUAUAAAGGUCACCUGGGCCAGAAAAAACUGACCUUAUAAUAGAACUGACCUUUGAAUUGAGGUUCAAAAUUCACAGGUACAUACAUGUAUUAAUAAAGCAGGAGUAGAAUAGAGUGACUUGAGAGAACAGGUUUUCAUUUAUAGAAGUGACCUUCAUAUCAGGUUUUGACAGAUAGUCAUUUCAAAAAUUAACUAAAAAAGUAAUAGUCCUGUGCAUAUGUAUGUUUAAAGAAUUUUUAGGGGUGGGUGGGGGGUGAAUGCCCUUCACACUCUUCCCUGUCUUUUGAAUUUUCUGAGUGCCAUGACCAAUUUUUUUUUAUUGAAUAUGAUAUCAAUGUUCCUAUAGGUAACUGCCAUUGCAACAGACAAUGCUAAGGUUUAUAAUGUAAUGUAUAUGCUUUAUGUCACAAAAGAAAAUUCUCAAUUACAUUAUUUGCCCUUUUAGGACAUUUGAUGAUCUUUGUCAAAGACUGGAUGAAUAGAACUAAAUUUGUUGUCUUUUAACAUUUUCUUUGAAAAUAAUACAUUCUUUGCUCAAAAGUUAAAUUUGCUAAAAAGAACCAAAUUCUAACCUAAUAUGAGAGUCUUGUAUUCCUUAGUUACCAGUAAAAGUUUCAAACCUGACUUUAAUUCUAGGAAUUAUCAAGAUAAUUUUGGUUUAUAAAAGUGCAUGUUUCCAGUGUUAUGGUUGAAAUGAUUGAUAAUUUUACUGUAAAGGCUUAUUUCAGUCAUAUCAGAUAUCACAGUUAAUCAUUAUUAUUUAAUGCAGAAUUACAUCCUUUAAAAGGAAUAUAUUGUUGUUUAACAUUUUAAUUGGGCUACCAGAUCAAUUACAUAUCAUAUGACUUUGUUGUUGAUAAAAAUGUUAGAAUAUUUAUGGAUAUUACAAUACAAAAGCUUGAGAUAUGAUGAUUAAUGUUACACUUUAUUGUACUAAUGAAAUCAUUUAUUUCCCUAAUGGAUAAAUGAUUGCUUAUAUAAAUUUAAAGUACAUUUCCCAGAUAGAAAUGAAAAAAAAAAGUAAGCAAAUUACAUUAGCAGCCAAGAUCACCCUUUAUAGUUAUUACAAUGAAUGAAAGUGUUAAUGAAAUGUGUGUUUAUUAAUUCAUUUCAUAAAAAGAAUUUACCCUAAAAAUAUUUUACUAUAAAAUGUCAUACAAAGAUGAUGAUGUGAGUUUUAAAGCCUUUUGGAUAAGGCUGUUGCUCAUGUCAAAAUAUUGAUGUCAAGAUCUCAAAAUAAGGCAUGCCUUCGUGGCUGAGUGGUAUAAGUGAUCACUACCCUGUCAACACUCAGGUUACCAGCUUUGAACUACGAUCUUGAUUGACUAGAAUUGUCAGUUUUCCUGCAAAUAGUCCUGGUUCUCUCCAUGUUUUCCAGCUUCCUACAGACUUCCACCAAUAAAAACUGAAUGCCUUUUAAUAGAUAUAAUUGUCACAUCUGCAUGCUUUUUUAAUCUGGAAUUCCCUCUGGAGACAUGUUCUCGUGUAAAAUAUUGAAAUAUGUCAGUUUCCUUCCUAUAGUUACAUUAUUAUAAUAAUGUGGCUUCGAUAAAAGUUGUUCUUUUCCUUUUUAAAAUACCAUUUUAAAACAAGUUUCUGUGUUCACAUUCAUAUUAAUACAGGUGUUAACUAAUCUUUUUUAAUUUUAUGAAGAUCUGUGUUUAAAGAUGUCAAAUGUUGCAAACAAUAUUACUCUAAGGUAGAGUUACCCAAAGCAACCAGUUUCAUCAAAGUGUUAUUGAUUCCAUGUCUUACUAUUGUUUAAAAAGUUCCAGGUGCCGUAUAUCUCAUUCAAAGUGAAUUUACCAGUUGCAAGAAAAUUGGUUUUAACAGCUGUGUAAAUAUUAGUGUUAAUUAGUCUGAUAUGUUGCUGCAACUCAUUCAACAAGUAAUAGUUAUGUCAUUUAAAUUUUUAAAUCAAGAAAUUUGUUAACUGUUUUUUAUUUUGUUUUAUUAAAAAAAUUGAUUUUUAUAAGUAAAACAAUAUGUGGGGGUAUAUGUCAAUAUUUCAACCCCAUCAAGUGGGUAGAUUAACCCAGAAUUUCAAUUUUCAAGGGUAUCUGUUUCCCUUUUUGAAGGUUUGAAACUUGACAUUAUUUCCUAUAUUUACCAGUAAGUAUUAAAGUACUAAUAAUUUCAUGGAACAAAUUGAUUUAGUUUUUCUUCAAUUGAAAUUAUCAAAAAUGUUCAAGGUUUGAAUUUCUAUUUAAUGAAUUUCAUUCUAUAAAUUGAUCUGAUUUAAUUCGAAUUAUAAAGUAUAAAUAUCUUGUUGAGUUAAAAGCUUAAAAUUGAAAUAUGUCAAGUACAUAAAUAACACGACCUAUUUUUGAUACAGACGUUGAAAGUAUGAGAAUGUUGUUUUACUUUAGAUCAUAGAAAUCGAUAAAGCCUGUGAUAUCAAUAUAUUAUUUAUUUUACUAUAAUAAAUGCUCAUUUAUUUA